AAAGGCAAGUGUCGACCAAAAUCCAAGAAACCUAACAGAAAAAUUGGCCAGAUUUUUUGCAACAAACGAAAGGCGGUGGCAGAGCACUUGUAUGGUUAGCUGAGCGAGGAAACGCAGUCGUUUUGGUAUCGGUUGGAUUGAGCGGUGUGAUGGUGCAUGGGUUGAAGGGAGAGAAACUGCUUGCGGAAUGGAGUGGGACAGCAAUUCCGAUCUGAGCGGGGACGAAGAGGAAGGGUUCGUCCUCACCGACGACGGCCCUCUCCCCUUCCCUUUCCCCGUCGGAAACCUCCUCCAAACCGCCCCCUGCGGCUUCGUCGUCACCGACGCCCUCGAGCCCGACCACCCUAUCAUUUACGUCAACACCGUCUUCGAGAUCGUCACCGGCUACCGCGCCGAGGACGUCCUCGGCCGCAAUUGUCGAUUCUUGCAGUGUCGAGGUCCAUUUGCUAAGAGAAGGCAUCCAUUGGUGGACUCAACAGUAGUUUCAGAAAUUAGAAGAUGCCUUGAAGAGGGGAUUGAAUUCCAAGGUGAGUUGCUGAACUUUAGGAAAGAUGGAUCUCCUCUGAUGAACAGAUUGCGGCUGACUCCCAUAUAUGGAGAUGAUGAGACUAUAACACAUGUCAUCGGAAUACAGUUCUUCACAGAGGCAAACAUUGAUCUUGGUCCUGCUCCGGGUUCCACAAUUAAGGAACCUGCUAAAUCAUCGGAUCGAUUUCAUUCUUUGCUUUCCUCAUUGCGUACUCUUCCAGUGGGGGACAGGAAUGUAUCUCGUGGAGUUUGUGGGAUUUUGCAACUGAGUGAUGAGGUAUUGUCUCUCAAGAUACUUGCUCGAUUAACUCCUAGAGACAUUGCAUCGGUUAGCUCUGUCUGUAGAAGAUUAUAUGAGAUGACAAAAAAUGAAGAUCUUUGGAGAAUGGUGUGCCAAAAUGCAUGGGGUAGUGAGACUACACGUGUUUUAGAGACUGUGCCUGGUGCGAGGAGACUUGGAUGGGGUCGGCUGGCAAGAGAAUUGACCACUCUUGAAGCAGCAGCAUGGAGUAAGUUGACUGUUGGAGGUGCUGUUGAACCCUCACGCUGUAAUUUUAGUGCUUGUGCAGUUGGUAAUAGAGUUGUGCUUUUUGGUGGUGAAGGGGUUAACAUGCAACCUAUGAAUGACACCUUUGUAUUGGAUCUCAAUUCUAGUAAUCCUGAGUGGCAACAUGUCCAGGUAAGCUCUCCUCCUCCUGGUCGUUGGGGCCACACGCUUUCUUGUGUUAACGGUUCUCAUUUGGUUGUAUUUGGAGGCUGUGGAAGGCAGGGCUUGCUCAAUGAUGUGUUUGUUCUGGACCUGGAUGCUAAGCCUCCAACUUGGCGAGAAAUUUCUGGAUUGGCACCUCCACUUCCCAGAUCAUGGCACAGCUCCUGUACUCUUGAUGGUACUAAGUUGAUAGUUUCUGGGGGUUGUGCAGAUUCUGGAGUACUCUUGAGUGACACUUUCCUCCUUGAUUUGUCAAUGGAGAAGCCUAUCUGGAGAGAGAUACCAGUGGCAUGGACCCCGCCAUCUCGUCUGGGCCACACAUUAUCUGUUUAUGGUGGUAGGAAAAUUCUGAUGUUUGGGGGUCUGGCCAAGAGUGGGCCCUUGCGUUUUCGUUCGAGUGAUGUAUUCACGAUGGAUUUAAGUGAGGAAGAACCUUGUUGGAGAUGUGUAACGGGGAGUGGCAUGCCUGGUGCUGGAAAUCCUGGGGGCAUAGCACCUCCUCCUAGACUUGAUCAUGUUGCUGUUAGUCUUCCAGGUGGGAGAAUUCUAAUAUUCGGUGGGUCUGUUGCUGGGCUUCACUCUGCCUCUCAGCUUUACAUUCUUGAUCCAACCGAUGAGAAGCCUACAUGGAGAAUCCUAAAUGUACCUGGGCGCCCUCCCAGAUUUGCCUGGGGACAUAGUACAUGUGUUGUUGGAGGGACAAGAGCUAUCGUACUGGGUGGUCAAACUGGGGAGGAAUGGAUGCUAAGCGAACUCCAUGAACUUUCUCUUGCGAGUUCUCUUGUCUAAAUUCAGUGAAUAAACACUGCUUGCAGUAGUGAAGGGAAUAGUACAUGUCUCUGCUUCAAGUUUAGAAAUCAAUUUAAACAUAAGUUUGCGGGAAAGGUUAUAUUGGUCACUAACUCAACAAGCAUUGCUCUGGUCAGAAAUCAGAAUAUGUGUGUAUUAAGUUGUUACGACUAUGCAUUUGCUUGUAUGGUUGGGUUGGUUCUGGCUCGAGAAGAACUUCUUGUUGAGUGAUAUGAGACGAUGUUUUUUGCGAGGUUGUGCGAGACUUUGCUCUUCAAUACGCAUAAUGAAUUAUUCUUCCUGAACAAAUUAUUAGGGGUAAUAUGUUAGGGUAGUUUCUCACUUGAUUUCCCAUGUGUUGUUUUGUUCAAAUUCUGUAAUUUGAACCGCGACAAAGAGAAAAAGAAAAAAAAAAGUAUGUUUAGUCCCGUAAUUAGAUCUAUCAUAUUUGAUGGAAAUCAUUACUGUUAUUCUAUGCCUAAAAUGUUUGUACAUUUAUUUAGAUUGUGCUGUGGCUGGUUGGUUAAUACAUAGGCAUGUGUUUCCAUUUUA